UUUAAAUUAGAUCAUUAACGGUUUAAAUAUCGCGAUUCUCUUGAUUUUAACCAGUCUACAAAUUUUGCCAUCAUGAAGGUGGAAACUACGGUUCCUACAACAAAAGUGCGCCCACUUCCACAAGAACUGCAACAGAUUGCCGAGAAAGAAUUGAACGAAGUGAAUUCUCGUCUGAAUUCAAUUUAACACGCUUUCUAGGUGACCAGUUACUGGUUUCGUUCCUUCGAUGCAGCAAAUUCAGUUUAGAACGCACAAAAGAAAGGUUGGAUAGAUACUUUACAAUCCGAACGAUGGCACCAGAAGCGUUCACAAACAGAGACCCUUUACUGCCUGAAUUGCAGGCCAUCUUAAACGCAGGUUUCUUUCUUCCGCUACCCAAAGUGGCAAACGAAAAUGGCCCCAGAAUAAUACUCCUUCGGAUCAACGACAAUCUUAAUCCCAAUCUAAUGACGGUGGUCAACCUUAGUAAGCUAGGUUAAAUGAUCGAGGAUAUACUGCUACGGGAGGACGACAACGCUGUUGUUAGUGGGAUUUUCGGUUCACAGAAACUACAGCAAAGGAUGGCAUUAUAUAGUGAGGGCAACUUCGAGGAGUUAUUUAAGAAAGUUCCACAAGAUCUAUUACCUCACGAGUUUGGAGGUUGCAAUGGUUCUAUAAAGGAUCUAACGGUUUUUUGGAAGAAUAAGGUGGAAAGUUACCGAGAUUGGUUCCUUAAAGACGAAAAUUGCAAGAUUGACGAACGAUUACGACCAGGUACUUCAAAAACCUGUUCUGAAAUUUUCGGCUUGGAGGGUUCUUUUAGAAAGAUGGAUCUAGAUUAAUGUAGCAUAAGUAAGCUGCUUUUGU